CAGAGACUACAACUUCCAGGGGGCAGCGGGGUGCUGGCCCGCGCAGGCCGCCGAGUUGCGCGGCAGCGGAAAGAUGGCGGACGUGGCCGUGGGCAAGGACAAGUGCGGGGAGCAGCGGCUCGUGUCGCUGCCUCUGUCCCGCAUCCGGGUCAUCAUGAAGAGCUCCCCCGAGGUGUCCAGCAUCAACCAGGAGGCGCUGGUGCUCACGGCCAAGGCCACGGAGCUCUUUGUUCAGUACCUAGCCACCUAUUCCUACAGACAUGGCAGUGGAAGAGAAAAGAAAGCCCUGACUUACAGUGAUUUAGCCAAUACUGCAGCGGAAUCGGACACUUUCCAGUUUCUCGCAGAUAUAUUACCAAAGAAGAUCUUAGCUAGUAAGUACCUGAAAAUGCUUAAAGAGAAGAAGGAAGCGGAUGAGGAUGGGGAUGAUGGGAGUGACGAUGAUGAAGCAGAGUCCUAAACCAAGGAAGAACGCGUCUAGAAAUCGCCUGGCAGGACCUUCCUGAGAGCCCUGUUGCUCUGAAGCAAUCACGUCACCAUGUGGCCUUGGUCUCCUUUUCCAGAAACUUCCAGUACAGCAUAUUCCUUCAUGGCUAAGACUGAGCAUCUCCUGCAUCUACACCAUAAAGAGCCGAAGGGAAAGUAGUGCCACUGCAGUUUGACGGGUUACCCUGCAGCUGACACCUUUGAACUUGCAGAUAGAUUCUGACAAGCUUCUGGAUAAGCUAUGGAUUUAUAUGUGAUUUAUAUUCUGAAAUUUGUUCUUAAAAGAACUGUGUUUAGUUUCAGCUAAAUACGUAGUUUAAUAGGUCAUAUGUUGCCUUUCAGUUUAUGUAUUUUUUAAAAAUUUGACUAUUUGUUCAAAUUUUAUUUUUUUAUUGUAAAGAAAUAUACUUUUUCUUUUCUAUUAAAGAUCUGUACAUAUUUUUACAGUCA